AUGAAGUCGAUAGACGCUGUUCUCUGUCUCCUCGUGCCGGCUCUGGUGCUGCUGCACCUGGCUGUCGCGCCCUACACCAAGGUCGAGGAGUCGUUCAACGUGCAGGCCGCGCACGAUGUGCUGGUGUACGGCAUGCCGACGGGUCCAGGCGCUGCCGCCCGGCUGGCCGCCCGUUUCGACCACGUCGUCUUUCCGGGUGCCGUGCCACGCACCUUUGUCGGCGCCGUUGUGCUGGCCGGCCUGAGCCAGCCGGCUGUUCUGGCCGUCGACGCCGUCGUGGCCGCCGCUCUCCUACUGCUCACCCGGUCGCUCGGCCAAGCCUGCGGAUGGGCUGCUGCGCGCUGGUAUCUCUUGCUGCAGCUCGGCCAGUUCCACGUCUUCUUUUACGCCUCCCGCACGCUGCCCAACAUGUUUGCCUUUUUCCUCACCACCCUGGCCUUUGCCUUUCUGCUCAACCGACCGGGCCUUUCGACCGGGACCAGGACCACAAAGACAAGGACAACCCCCUCGGGCCGUCUUCGCGUCGCCGUCUGCCUCUUCGUCCUCGCUGCCGUCGUCUUUCGCGCCGAGGUCGCCCUCUUGCUCGCCGCUGUCGCCGUCUAUCUCGUCGCCGUGCCGAUGGCAUCCAUCCAGCAGCUUGUUCGCACCGGCACCGUCGCCGUCGCCGCUGCUCUCCUCGUCUCCGUUCCCCUCGACACCUUCCUCUGGCAGCGGCCCCUGCCCUUCUGGCCUGAGCUGCACGGCUUCGUCUUCAACGUCUUGCACGGCCAGGCCAGCGCCUGGGGCACGUCGCCUUGGCACUAUUACUUCUCCAACGCCCUACCGCGCCUCCUGCUCAACCCGCUCGCCCCCCUACUGCUCGUUCCGCUUGCCCUCGUCCGUCCGGCUACCCGUGGACCCGCCCGCCUGCUCGUCUUCCCCUCCCUCGCCUUUGUCGCCGUAUACUCGCUGCAGCCACACAAGGAGGCUCGUUUCAUUCUCUACGUCGUCCCACCACUGACCGCUGCUGCUGCCUUGGGGGCCGACCAGCUGGUCAAGAUUGCCUGCAAGGACAAAGGAGAUGCGUUGAAGACAGAACAGACAAUGGAAACAAAGGACACAAAAGACACAAAGAAAACAAAAGAAAACAAAAACACAAAAAGCACCCCUUUUCCCCUCCCCUCUCUUCUCCUCGCCGCUGUCGUCCUCUCUGUUCCCCUCUGCUUCGUCGCCAGCACCGCCAUGCUGCUCGUCUCUGCUCUCAAUUACCCUGGCGGCGAGGCUCUGGCCGCCCUGCGCGACAUCGUGCACGUCCGCCCCCAAGCCGCUGUUGCUGCCGCUCCUGUCGUGGCCGCCCACGUCGACGUGCUCGCCUGCAUGACCGGCGUCACCCUGUUCGGCUCCUCGCUGGGGCCGGCCCUGUCACUCAAUCCGGCCGCUGGCCAACUCGUCGUCGACAAGACUGAGGAUGUCGCCCGCCUGAGAGACCCGACUUUUUGGAUGCAGUUCGAUUACGUAAUCGCCGAACCACAAGACGACCUACAAGAGACUGACCAUCAACGCGACUCGGCUCCGGCUUACCGCUUGGACGCCGACCACUGGCAGCCCGUCGCCGUCGUGCACGGCUUUGCCGGCAUCGAGCUGCUGCGGCCUGGACAGAAUGGCCCAGACGACGACGACGAAGAGACCACAUCGCCACCGGUCGUUGGCCACGGCGCCACUGUCGCGCUGCUGCGUCGCUACGUUCGCAGCCUCACAGGCGGCUGGUGGAUCGGCCCACGCAUGCUGCCACGGCUCCAGAUACUGAAGCAUAUCAAGGCUGACGACAUCUACGAGACCGACUGA